UCCAGUCAUGAAAACUGAAGCAGAAUUUGCUGGCUACAAAAAUUGUUCAUAUUCCCGGUCAUCGCUCAUCACCCAUGACCUCGGAAUGCUAUAUCUGUUUCAUCGCCGGCGGCCGGAAAUGCUGAUAUUAGUCCGUAACUGAGAAACUUUAAACCAAUGUUCAGGCACUCUCGUCUCCACCGUCCUCCUCUACUUUCUCAUCUCCACCACCCACUCAAAUCCUUCCACGCGUCCUCUCCUCUUUACUGGAAACUCCGGGACGAAUACAAACUUGCCCGACCCGAAAUCCUCUCCAGGAUCACCCGACUCCUCAUCCUAGGCCGUUACAACGCCCUCAACGACCUCUCUUUCGACUUCUCCGAUGACCUCCUCGAUUCCGUCCUCCAAAACCUCAAAUUAAACCCAAAAUCCUCCCUGUAUUUCUUCAAAUUAGCUUCUAGGCAACAAAAGUUCCGGCCCAACCUCACUUCGUAUUGCAAAAUCGUCCACAUCUUGUCCCGAGCUCGCAUGUACGAUGAAACCAGAGCGUAUUUAUCCGAACUGGUCGCUUCAUGUAAGAACAAUAGCUCUUCUUAUUUAAUUUGGAAUGAAAUCGUCAGGGUUUAUAAUGAAUUUAGAUUUUCACCCUUGGUUUUCGAUAUGUUACUGAAAAUUUUUGCUGAAAACGGAUUGAUCAAGGAUGCUCUGAAUGUGUUCGAUAAUAUGGGGAAGUACGGUCGUGUCCCUAGUUUAAAGUCGUGUAAUUCUUUGCUGAGUAAUUUGGUUAAGAAUAGAGAAAGUUACACGGCUUUACUCGUUUAUGAGCAGAUGAUUAGGAUUGGGAUCAUGCCAGAUGUUUUUACGUGUUCCAUUAUUGCUAAUGCGUAUUGUAAGGAAGGGAGAGUAAAUAGAGCGGUAGAGUUUGUGAAAGAAAUGGAGAAUUCAGGUUUCGACUUGAAUGUGGUUAGUUAUAAUAGUUUGAUUGAUGGGUUUGUUAGCUUGGGAGAUAUGGAGGGAGCGAAAAAGGUGAUGAAGUUGAUGAUUGAAAAAGGGAUUUCAAGGAAUGUCGUAACGUAUACAAUGUUGGUCAAAGGUUACUGUAAAAAUUGUGAGAUGGAAGAAGCAGAGAAGGUGAUUAAAGAGAUGGAAGAGGAGUUGAUGGUGGUAGAUGCUUAUGCUUAUGGUGUGCUGUUAGAUGGUUACUGUAAAGUUGGUAAAAUUGAUGAUGCUUUAAGGAUUCAAGAAGAGAUGUUAAAAAUGGGACUGAAGACGAAUUUGUUUGUUUGCAAUUCAUUGAUCAACGGGUAUUGUAAGGUCGGUAAAACUCAUGAAGCAGAGAGGAUUUUCAUGUGUAUGGAUGAUUGGAAAAUAAAGCCAGAUUCAUUUAGUUAUAACACUCUUGUUGACGGGUAUUGUAGGGUGGGGCAUAUGAGCAAGGCUUUCAAGCUUUGUGAUGAAAUGCUUCAAGAAGGAAUUGAACCAAGUGUUCUAACUUACAAUACCCUUCUCAAGGGUUUAUGCUGUGCAGGUGCCUUUAAUGAUGCUUUGUGCCUUUGGCGUAUGAUGCUGAAAAAAGGGUUGACCCCUGAUGAGGUUGGUUGUUGUACACUGCUUGGGGUGUUUUUCAAGAUGGGAGAUGUUGAAAGUGCUUUAGGAUUUUGGAAAAGUAUUUUAGCAAGGGGCUUUUCCAAAAAUAGGGUUGUUUGUAAUACAAUGAUUAAUGGACUGUGUAAAUUUGGGAAAAUGGAUGAUGCAAAAGAGAUAUUUGGAAAAACGAUGGAACUAGGGUGCUUACCAGAUGGAAUAACAUAUAGAAUCCUGAGUGAUGGGUAUUGUAGAAUUGGAGAAAUUGAUGAAGCUUUUAAGUUUAAAGAUAAGAUGGAAAGGGAAGCAAUUCUUCCUACAGUUGGAAUGUAUAAUUCUCUUAUUAGUGGAAUUUUCAAGUCUAGAAAACUGAGUAAAUUAGGGGAUCUUCUUACUGAAAUGCAUACCCGGGGAAUAGCCCCUAAUCUUGUUACGUAUGGGGCUCUGAUUUCCGGUUGGUGUGAUGUAGGAAACUUGAAUAAAGCUUUUGGCAUAUUCUUUGAGAUGACUGAGAGAGGGUUUGCACCCAACAUAAAGAUUUGCAGCAAAGUAGUCAGUUGCCUAUACAGGCUUGGCAGGAUAGAUGAUGCAAAUAUACUCCUGCAGAAGAUGGUGGGUACUGAUCCUCUUUUAGCUCACACUGGUUUGGAUAGCCUGAGGGCCAAUGUUAGUUGCCUAAACAUUCAGAACAUUGCUAAUACUAUUGACGAAAAUGCCAAAUGUUUUGCUCUGCCCAACAAUGUGGUGUAUAAUAUAGCUAUUACAGGAUUGUGCAAGUCUGGGAAAGUUGAUGAUGCUAGAAGGUUUUUUUUAGCUUUGCUGCAACAAGGAUUCAAUCCGGACAAUUUCACGUAUACCACUUUGAUUCAUGGGUAUUCAGCCUCAGGUGAUGUUAAUGAAGCAUUCAGGUUACGGGAUGAGAUGCUGAAAGUGGAUCUUAAACCAAACAUUGUUACUUACAAUGCUCUAAUUAAUGGACUGUGUAAAUCAGGAAAUCUAGAUCGAGCAAGGAGACUUUUCGAUAAGCUCCCAUUGAAGGGGCUAGCUCCUAAUGCUGUUACCUAUUAUACAUUGAUUGAUGGAUAUCUUAAAGUAGGUAAAACUUUUGAAGCCUCUAGUUUGACAGAAAAAAUGAUAGAAGAAGGGAUUUCCCCAUCUUUAGCCACCAAUUCUGCAUUGGUGAGUGGCCUACGUGAGCAAGAAGAGAAAGAGAAGGCUAUGAAACUUUUGGCUGCUUAGGAUGAUGUGAAAUGUGGAGAUACAUAUAUGGAGAUAACCAAGCUUCAUGCAAUGAUGCAUAUCGUGUGUCCGUUCCUUGAUUUUAAGCCGUCAUUAAACAGAAUGCUCUUGAUAGAGUCCUCAGAUCCUAAAGCAUCAGAGAAUUCAUGUUUCGCAUUUGAAACUAUGUUGAUGGAAGCUCGCAAGUCAUAACUAAGGCACUAACUGGGAUGGCUUUCAUCAUGGGAAUGAUUUUAAAGAUUGGCCAUCCUUGUUUUCUUCUUUAUCAUGGAAACUCAAGCUUUGGUUGCAUAUCAUGCAUUCCCUGAUGAUGAUACGUGCAUGAAAUGCUUUAGAGCUUCCACUAUAUCUUACUCGUGAUGGCAAUCAGACACACGGGAGGUCCAUUUCCAACAUGCUCAAUGGCAAUCAGACGUAAGGGAGGUUCAUUUCAAGCUUUGAAAAUGAAGUCAUAGAGAAUUUUUUGUAUCAGAACCGAAGUCAGCUUAUAUAUACAUUGGAAUUUGGUAACACAUCUUUUUUUUUUAUUUCAUUCAAAUACAGAACUUGAAAUUGAAUUGCUGAAAUGUAACGCUUCAUCUAACAAAAGGUGAAGACGAUUAGAUACCGAGUUUAGACUGUUCUUUCAAUGUGGUCCGUAUCGAACAGUGUAGCAGUUUACAAUUUGUGGAUCCAAGUUUCUCUCUC